UGCCCAUAAAUAGCUCUGCAUGAAAGGCCAGCUCUUCUGGAUGAAUUAGAGAUGGAACUGAUACUUGUCCUUCUCCUGGCUGUCACAACUGUAUCUGGGUGUGGUGAACCCAGUAUCCAGCCUGACACCAGCCGUGUGGUGAACGGAGAAGAAGCCCAUCCAUACAGUUGGCCAUGGCAGAUUUCUUUGGAGUCUUUCUUUCCCACCUGUGGAGGAACACUUAUUGCUCCUGACUGGGUCUUGACUGCUGCACACUGUAUCACGUUCCACACAUACAGGGUGGUUCUUGCUGAGCAUGACAUGAAAAAGGACGAGGGGCCUGAACAGUUUAUCAUGGUGUCAGAAAUGUUCAUUCAUCCCAAGUGGAACGACAACUGUGUCUCUUGUGGGAAUGACAUUGCCCUGCUUAAACUGGAGAAAAGUGCUGUUAUCAAUGAUAAGGUUCAGACAGCCUGCCUUCCUGAGCACAGUGCCACUCUUGUCCACAACCAGCCCUGCUACGUCACUGGCUGGGGUAGACUCUACUCCAAUGGUCCUAUGGCGACUACCCUGCAGCAGGCCCUUCUUCCUGUAGUGGAUCACAGCACCUGCAGUCAGAGCGACUGGUGGGGGAGCUCAGCAAAGACAACAAUGGUCUGUGCAGGAGGAGAGAGCAAGUCAGCAUGCCAUGGGGACUCUGGAGGGCCUCUGAACUGUAAGGGCAGAGAUGGUAAGUGGUACGUAGAAGGGGUGACAAGUUUUGUGGAUGGACGAGGUUGUAAUACUCCCAAGAGGCCAACAAUGUUCACCCGUGUGGCAUCUUUCAUCCCCUGGAUCAGUGAGGUGAGGGCACUUGCCUUAAAGUUAAAAAAAUCAAAAUUUAUUGUGAAAGUUAUAACCAAAUCUUGUGUUUUUUCCCCCAGACCAUGGUCAAAAACUGAAGGAGUUGCUAUAAAAGAAGAAGCAAAAGAACAAUAAACUGU